UCUUUGGUGCGAUGGAUAAUGAUACAGUUCUUUAUACAACUGAUGAUGCCCUUCCAGAAAAAAUAACUAAUAAACUUACGUGUCCCGAUUAUUGGGUGAGACGAUACACGCAUUGGGGCAAUCUUUCAAGUUGGGAGAUAUCUUACCGUAGAAUUCAUCCAAAUUCAUCUAUUAUUGAAUGCUAUAACGCUUUAAAAGAAGAUAUAGAAAUACUUUCUUCCAUUGUUCAUGGAAACAAUAACAAAUAUCGAAAAUUGGAGUCAUUGCGUAUAAAAGUAAAACAGGCUGUCGACUGCGAACGUCCUUCUGCAAGCUUUAUCAUUUUGUCUAAGGAGUUGAAACACGUUGUUAUAGCAAAAGAGAUUGAGACAGCAGAACAAUCGUCAAGUCGUCAGCAUAUAAAUCAGGGCAUUGAAGAUGAAGACAACGAUCAAAUCCAAGAUAAUGAUUUUAACGAAUCAGAAUCUAUAGUACAUAGUUGUAAACAAAAAAGGAAAUGUCCUAUUUUAGAAUGCAAUAUAGUUGUCAAGCAUUCUCUAUUAAAAAAUUAUUGUGAGAUGCUUUUAAAUUUGCAAUCACACCAUAUCGAUGAGGAUUCACAGCGUGCCCGGCAUUGUUUAGCAAUGUUAAGGUGGUCAGUGGUUCAUUUAGAAAUUUUCAUAAAUGCCGGGUGGGAAAAUAUCCCAAAAAUGAUUAAUAUUUCAACUCCACGAGUCGCACUCAAUCUCUUAACAGCAGUUUUCAAAGAGCAUCCCAAUGAUGAGCUUCGAUCUAUUGCCACGAUAUUGCAACUACUUAGACGCCAAGGCAAAAUUUGUACAAGUGAUUACGAUAUGACUGCAAUCCUUCAUUUUUUAUUCUCAAAUAAUCCAAGAAAUCACUAUGACAUAGAUGUUUUAACUGCGUCUUCAGCAAUAACAGCAGUGAUUUCUUAUACAGCUACACCAGUUCGUGGUUCUGGAAGUAACCCUUCCGAGAACCACGUAAAAGCUGAAUUGUGGUUAAGGAUUUUCUCCACGGCUUUUAAGCUGCAUAAAUUGAGGUUUCUUCCUGUUUGGGAGCUCCAGCACUUAGUUUCAGGUAAUGCUGGUCACGGUUCAGCAAGGUCAGACUUUGCUGCAAUCGUAAACAACAACAAUGACAUACAAUUUCCAUUUUUCCUUGUGGAGUUCGAACGAAACGGAUUGGAGGUACAUAAAGAUGAAAUUGUCAUUGUUUCUGAAGCAGCACAUGAGUUUAAUCGUAUACUAUCUUCGAUGCAUUACCCAUCAGAAAAUGAAGUUAACGAAACAAAUUUACAUGUUGGUUUGGUGAACGACAUGAAAAUUCGUUUCGGUAGGCUUCAACCACAGUAUGACGAAAAUAAAUCAUUGUUGUUUUAUGUUUAUGAUGAUGAUGUACUCUCAUUUAAUUUUCAUGAAAGAAGUACGGAAUCAAAUGUAGAAAAUGUGUUACGUUUAGUAACAUAUCUACGAGAAACAGUUUGUGCUGAUGGAAUGAGAAUAAGGACGUUAUUAAAUAGAUAUCCAGCACAAUUCAACUAUAACCUAAAAGCCGCAUUACCUAUCCUGCCAAGUGAGGCCGUUCAUUCUCGAACAUUUGAAAUGAAGUUCACACCACCUUCAAAACGGGUUAAGUAUAACAUAGUUUUGGAGGAUAAGUAA